UGAGAUGAUGAGUAAACAAAGGAGCCAAACAAGGCCUCACAAGAUUAUCUUCUUGCACUGCACUACAGCUAUAAUACAGUACAACACAAUACAUACACACAAUAUAGAUACAGAGAGAGAAAGCUGUACUGUAAAAAAUGUAAAAGUUGCAGGGGUCAUGUCGGCUUCAACCAGGCAAAGACUAUAAUCUCUCUCAUAUUUCUCUCUCAAACCCUAAUUAUUACUCACAAAACCCCUUUUCUUUGCUUUCACAUUCACCUCUUUUUUUAGAAUUUCACCUAAAAAAGUGAACUUUUCUUGAUUGUGAUGGAUUUGAGAUUCUGGGUUGUAGUUUGAUUCUUGUUUAAGAUAUUGAGAGGAGCUCUGCGAAUUUAAGUUCACUUAAAGAGAUAUCGAGAUAUCGUAUUCGUUCUGCUUUGGUAUUUCGAACUCCGAGAUUAAUUUGAUUGUCAAUAAUAGCAUAUAAAGUCCCCACUCAGAUCUUUCCGGGGUGGUUUAACCAUGGUACAAGAUGCCGCAAAUCAUCCAUCCAAAAAGGCUCGUUCAGGGGAGGCUAGUAAUGCUUUGUUCAAGGAGCUUUGGCAUGCCUGUGCUGGACCCCUUGUCACAGUUCCCCAGGAAGGAGAACGAGUGUACUACUUCCCACAAGGUCAUAUGGAACAGCUUGAGGCAUCAACUCAUCAGGGUUCUGACCAGCAGCUUCCUUUGUUUAAUCUGCCGGCCAAGAUAUUAUGCAAAGUGAUGAAUGUUCAACUUAGAGCUGAACCUGAGACGGAUGAAGUUUAUGCGCAAAUUACUCUGCUACCUGAACAAGAUCAAAAUGAGGUCAUGAGUCCAGAUCCUCCACCACCAGAACCACCUAAGUAUACUGUCCAUUCAUUUUGCAAAACUCUUACUGCUUCCGACACAAGUACCCAUGGUGGGUUUUCUGUUCUCCGGAGGCAUGCUGACGACUGUUUACCCCCACUGGAUAUGUCCCAGCAACCACCUUGGCAAGAAUUGGUUGCCACUGAUCUUCAUGGCAAUGAGUGGCAUUUUCGUCACAUAUUUCGAGGGCAACCACGACGGCACUUGCUAACCACUGGGUGGAGCGUCUUUGUCAGUGCCAAAAAAUUGGUUGCUGGUGAUGCUUUUAUCUUCUUGAGGGGGGAAAAUGGGGAGCUACGUGUUGGAGUGAGGAGGCUGAUGAGACAACUAAAUAAUAUGCCAUCUUCUGUCAUAUCUAGUCACAGCAUGCAUCUUGGUGUUCUUGCUACUGCAUCUCAUGCAAUUGCAACUGGAACCCACUUCUCAGUUUAUUACAAGCCAAGGACAAGCCGUUCUGAGUUCAUUGUAAGUCUUAACAAAUACCUUGAAGCUCAAAGCCAGAAACUCUCUGUUGGAAUGAGGUUUAAAAUGAGAUUUGAGGGCGAGGAAGCUCCGGAGAGAAGGUUUAGUGGAACAAUAGUUGGUGUUGGGGAUGGCACAACAUCAAGAUGGCGCGAUUCUGAAUGGAGAUCACUAAAGGUUCAAUGGGAUGAACCUUCAUCAGUUCUCCGACCAGAUACAGUUUCACCGUGGGAGUUAGAGCCGCUUGUGGCAGCUACUACUCCAAACUCUCAACCUCCACAAAGAAAUAAGCGGGCUCGACCACCAGUAUUACCUACUCAAACAACAGAUAUCCCUACACUCGGAUUAUGGAAGGCUCCUGCUGACCGUCCAUCCGCCGUUGGAUAUUGUGAUCCUUCACGUGGCCAAGAUCUCUUUUCAUCACCCAAAUUCUCUUCGGGUACUAAUUCUAGCUCUAUCAGCCACUGUGAUAAUGAUUCAUUCCAUCUGCCAACUUCCAAGUCAAUGUUUUGGUCUGAAGGUGCCAUAGAGUCUAUAUCCCCUGUAGUAAGCAAGGGUACUGUUGAAAAGAGACCAGGAAAUGGUUACAGGUUAUUUGGAAUUGAUUUGGUUGAUCCCUCCACCGUAGAAGACACACCAAUGAUUGUGUCUGGAGCUGUAGUAGAUGAUCUGUCACUUACAUUGCAAGUGGAAUCUGACCUGCACUCAGAACCAUAUGAUGCCGAUCAAUCUGAUCUUCCCUCAGUAAGUUGUAAGCCAGAAAAGUCGUCCCUCCAACCGCAACAUGAGUUGCACAGCAGACAUAUCCGCAGUUGUACAAAGGUUCACAUGCAAGGAAUUGCUGUUGGAAGGGCAGUAGAUUUGACGCGGUUUAAUAAAUAUGAGGAUCUUCUCAGGAAACUAGAAGAUAUGUUUGAAAUUGAAGGUGAACUCUGUGGAUCAGAAAAGAAGUGGCAGGUUGUUUACACCGAUGACGAGGAUGAUAUUAUGAUGGUGGGCGAUGACCCUUGGCAUGAAUUCUGUAACAUGGUGAGGAAGAUCUGUAUCUACACAACUGAGGAAGCAAAGAGGCUGACACCCAAAAUUAAACCUCCUGUUGGUGAAGAAAUUAAACCAGUUAAGACGGUUGCAGAUUCUGACAUUGGCACAGAGGAGCAGUCAUCAAAUGUUGGUUCCGGUUGCUAAACAUUGCAGGAUCGACAUAAUUAUCAAAGAAUGAUUGACAACUGCAUGAAGGUUUCUUAGUUCAUAUAGUAUAUGGAAGAGUGGUGACGUUAAAGAUGUAACUAUUCUCCGUAGGUGCUAUUUAGUCUCGUCUGAGGAGAACCCUAUGUUGCAUUGCCUUUCUGGGUUCUCAGUCAGUUGAAAGAACAAUGUUUGCGCUGCUUCUGUGUUUGACAAGCUGAGCUGCUGAGGGCCAUCUUUGACUCGCAGUAAAAAGUGGUUCUUGAGUUUUCUUGCAAGUUAUUAUAUAUCUGCAUAUGACAAGAUUGGUCUGGUUUGUGUUGCUUUACAUCUUUCUUCACAGUUUUUAAAAUUGAAUUCGACCCCAGUCUUGACCAUCCGGCCCCCGCUCUUUUAUUGUGUGUACUAGAAUAUAUAUGCAGAGCUUAUGCGUUCAGGUGAAAUUUGCGGACUGCAUAUGAUUUAGCUAUGAAGCUUUUUAACCCUUUCCUUUAUUUAUUUAUUGAAAUCAUUUUAAACUGA